GGAUCAAUCUCUUUUUUGUAACAUAAAUCAAUGUUUCAUUCAGAUUAUGGACAAGAGCCAGUUACUGCCAGUACUUGAGACAUGGGGAUUGAUAAACAGCAGAUAGAUCUAAAAUGUAUUUUUUUUGUCAAUUAAUUAAACUUUUGUCAUUGUCACCAGUGGGACAAAACAGAGACCAGAGUCUAUAAAACCCAGUAGUGUGUCUAUGAAGAGCAGCAGAUCCCUGAUGCAACCCCCUGUAUUCAGUGGUGGAACAGUGACCUCUGACCCCAGUAUCAGCAGGAGGAAGAGACAGAGAUCAGUGUCUCCAGAACCCAGUGGUGUAUCUGUGAAGAGUUACAGGUCCUUGAUGCAACCCCCUAUAUUCAGUGCUGAAACAGUGACCUUUUAUACUUGGCAUGAAAGAACUGAAACACUCCUACAGAAACACACACUGGAGACUGUAGACCUGCAGAGAGUCAAAGACCAGCACAAAACCAGAAUGAAGAACAUGUAUGAGAGAUUAUUUGAGGGAACCAAACUCCAAGAGAAUGAAAGCCUCCUGAACAGGAUCUACACACAGCUCUACAUCAUAGAGGGAGAGAGAGAAGGAGUGAAUGAAGAACAUGAGAUUUUACAGAUGGAGAAAACUGCCAGAACUAAAUACUUACGAGACACUCCAAUUUACUGCAAUGACAUCUUUAAAGCCUCAGCUGAAGCAGGAUGUGAGGAGAAAGAGCAGAUCAAGACUGUUCUUACUAAAGGCAUCGCUGGAAUCGGAAAAACUGUCUCUGUGCAGAAGUUCAUUCUGGACUGGGCCAAGGGAAAAGCCAAUCAGGAUGUAGAUUUCAUGUUUGUGCUUCCAUUUCGAGAGCUGAACUUGAUCCGAGAUCAUCAGUACAGUCUUCACAGACUUCUGCUGGACUUUCAUCCUGAACUUCAAGAUCUGGACUCACAGAUUUAUGAGGAGUGUAAAGUUGUGUUCAUCUUUGAUGGUCUGGAUGAAAGCAGAAUCACACUGAUGUUUUCAGAUGCUCAGAAAGUUUGUGAUGUGACUGAGACUUCAUCAGUGGCUGUGUUGAUGUCAAAGCUCAUGAAAGGAGAGCUGCUUCCCUCUGCUCUCAUCUGGAUCACCUCCAGACCAGCAGCAACCAAUCAGAUCCCCUCCAAAUACAUCCACCGUCUGACAGAAAUUCAGGGAUUCACUGAGCCUCAGAAGGAGGAAUAUUUCAGGAAGAGAAUCAGUGAUGAGCAUCAAGCCAGCAGAAUCAUCUCACACAUCAGAAGAGCAAGAAGCCUCCACAUCAUGUGCCACAUCCCCGUCUUCUGCUGGAUCUCAUCCACUGUGCUUCAAAAGGUCCUCGAAGAAGAUCUGAGAGCAGAAAUCCCUCAAACUCUUACUGAAAUGUACAUCCACUUCCUGCUGAUUCAGAUCAACAUAAGGAAGCAGAAGUAUGAAGAGAGAGAUCCAGAGAAACUCCUGCAGUCCAACAGAGAAGUGAUUGUGAAACUUGCUGAAGUGUCUUUCAAACAGCUGAUGAAGGGCAAUGUGAUGUUCUAUGAGGAGGACCUGAUUGAGAGCGGGAUAGACGUCACUGACGCCUCAGUGUAUUCUGGGAUUUGCACUGAGAUCUUUAAGGAGGAAUCGGUGAUUCAUCAGAGGAAAGUCUACAGCUUCAUUCAUCUGAGCGUUCAGGAGUUUCUUGCUGCUUUCUAUGUGUUUUACUUUCAUGUGAGUACAACUAUGGAAGGAUUGAGGAAUUUUGCUUCAUUACAAAAUUUGCUUAAAUGUGCAGUAGAUAAAGCCCUUGAGAGUGAGAAUGGCCAUCUGGAUCUGUUCCUGCGGUUCCUGCUGGGCGUCUCACUCGAGACCAAUCAGAGACUCUUACAGGAUCUACUGACACACACAGAGAACAGCUCAGAGAGCAUCAGGAGAACCACACAGUACAUUAAAGAGAAGAUCAAAGAUGGACAUGGACUCUCCACUGAAAGAUCCAUCAAUCUUUUCCUCUGUCUGCUGGAAGUGAAAGAUCAGACUCUGUCCAGAGACAUUCAGGAGUUUGUGAAAUCAGACAAACACUCAGAGAAGAAACUCUCUCCUGCUCACUGCUCAACAAUCGCCUACAUCCUUCAGAUGUCAGAGGAGCCGCUGGAUGAGCUGGACCUCAUGAAAUACAACACAUCAGAUGAAGGGAGAAGAAGACUGAUACCAGCUGUGAUCAACUGCAGAAAAGCUCUUAUUUCUGGCUUUAACGUGACUGCUCAGGAUUGUGAAAUUGUAUCAUCAGCUCUGCUAUCCUCAAACUGUGUCCUGAGAGAGCUGGAUCUGAGUAACAAUGACCUGCAGGACUCAGGAGUGAAGCUGCUCUCAGAGGCACUGAAGAGUACAAACUGUCAGCUGCAGAUACUGAGGUUGUCAGGCUGUAUGGUGACAGAGGAAGGCUGUGAUUAUCUGUCUUUAGUUCUGAGUUCAAACCCCUCACAUCUGAGAGAGCUGGAUCUGAGCUACAAUCACCCAGGACCAUCAGGAGCCCAGCUGCUGAAACACAGACUGGAGGAUCCACACUAUAAACUGCAGAGGCUCAAGUAUGUGGGGUAGAGAUGGGGUUUUACUCAAGAUGACUAAUAUCGAUCAAAUUCAAUGUUUGAAAUUAAUGUCCACUAACCUGCCAAAUGCGGGUGAAAUGAACCAUGGCAGUUAACACCGUCAACUCACUACCCAAUUUGGCCAGUUAUUAAUAAAUCAUGUGCUGUCUCUUUUCAUGCCAUCAUUAUCAGAUCCUUUCCUUUAGGUAUAGCCUCCAGAAUUGGCAAAACGUAGGGUAAAGAGGCCUACACAUUGGACCAGAAGUCCUGCAUUGUUAAA